UUUAACAUGUUGAAGCAAACGGUUGUUUUCGUGACGUUGGUUUGCGUCGCCUACGCGGCCGUUGGGUUGGCCCCCCUGGAGGAGAAACCGAAGAAAUUUGCGGAGAUCGAAGGAUGCUACAUUGCAGAGCUCGAUACAGUAAUACCGUUUGGUAAAUCGGCGCCCUCGAAGAGUUCUUGUAUGGAAUACAGCUGCGGGAAAACAUUGGUGCAGUUUGUCUCAUGCGGGGCAAUUGCUGCUGCACCACCUUGCUACGUGGUGGAGGAUAAGACCAAACCCUACCCUGCUUGCUGUCGUACUAUACGGUGUGAUAACAGACACUAAUCCAGAUCCAUGUUAUUAGUGUAGGCCUUGGAUCAUUAUGGUAUACGUUAUGGAUCGUUAUUUAAGCAAACUAGUGCCGUAUUUUAGUUUUUUUCUUGUGGGAGGCUUUGGCCGUGGGUAGUUAUCAACUGACCGACAACGGCGUGCCGCUAAGCGAUGACUACCAUACAUCCUAAUAGGUUAGCCCGCUACGAUUUAAGACUGUCAGAUUGCAGUCAAGUGCUAACUUAUAGUGGAAUAAAAAAGUUAACUUCUAUGAAAAUGAAGCCUAAUAUGCUAUUAGUCUAAUUUUCAAAGUCAACAUCUGAGGAUGCGGUAUCGGAGCGAAACUUGCGUAGAGGGUACAUUGCCGAAGAUCUGCUUGGUGUGGAGUAUAAAGAUGGAAGAAAUUAUAAAUUACACCAUACAGAUUCUCCUGCUUUUCGCGGGGUAUAGUAAAAUAAGCUUCAUUUUCAAUGUGUGUAAUAAAUUAUACAUGCAAUGAAAAACUACAAGUUACUGGUUGUUUAAAAAUACAAUAAUACCAACAAUUUUUUGAUGUAAGCAGUACUUUUGUGCAUGUAUGAAGUGGCCCAACGGCUUAGUACCCAAUUUUCAAGCAGCCUUUUAUUUUAUCCGACUUAAGUAACCAAACGCUCUUUUCACUCACCGUCUUAGCUAACGAUCCAAAUCGUAAAGCAUCUAUGAACCUAAUACACAAUUAGAGUAAGCUGUAUGACAAAAGAUACUAUAAAUAAGACUUUUUUACAUAAACAGUCCUGUUUACCAUAACCACUUAAAUAUCUAUGUAUAUUCUUUUAUCUGCGAGAUAACCUUUGUAAUGAUAAAGUAACCAAUUCUACCUUACUA